CUUUAUAUAAAGUUCUCCUUCUUCUUUAAUUUCUUCCUUUAUCGAUUUAUAUCAAACUAAAUCCGCGUAUAUAUACCUGGAUUAAUAAUUUUUGUUAGGGUUGUGAGUGCGAGCAGCAAUCUAAUAUCAAAAUUAGAGAAACAUGACAAAGGUAACAAUCAAUUUUUUCACAUUUGUAGUAUUCACAUCUUGUAUGGUAAAUUUGAGUUAUGCUACGACUCAAAAUCCCACAACAUCGACAUGGGCAGAAACAAAGUCAUACGGCCAAGGCCAAGGCCACGAGCGCAAAACAGUCCUACAAUUCUACUUCCACGACAUCAGAACCGCGGUUGGCGAUGAGCCCACAACCGCCUCCUUGAUAGCGCAACCCAUACAAGGCAUCAACAACUUUACCUCCGGCUUCGGCAACCUAUAUAUGGUCGAUGAUCCGCUCACUCUAACCCCAGACCGUAACUCCAAGUUGGUAGGACGUGCACAAGGUUUCUAUGGUUCGGCAUCACAAGAAGUCGUAAACUUUGUUACGGGCUUGACGUAUGGAUUUGUUGAUGGCAUCUAUAAUGGGAGUUCCCUAGUCAUUUUUGGCUCAAACCCGAUUACGAAUCCGGUGAGGGAGCUCCCCGUCGUUGGUGGGACGGGGGUUUUUAGGAUGGCUCGUGGAUAUGCUAUUGCUCGAACUUAUUUUCAUAAUAAUACACUUCAUAAUGCUAUUGUUGGAUAUAAUGUUACAGUCUUUCAUGCUUAGAACAUUAAUUAGAAGGGUUAGGUUACAUAUUGAUGUAUGAUUUAUUUUAUGUUUGAAUCGUGUAAUUCAUGUGGACAUGUGGUAGUUAGUUGGCAAUGGGGAAGGACAGAUAGGGGGUGGGCAAUGGGAAGGAAAAGUUGGUCAAAACUCAAUUAAGGCGGCUCUUUAGUAAAGUAAGCAAAUGUGACGUUUUAUCGAUCUCCCUUCUAAAAAUUAAAUAAAAUAUGUUGGUUAGUAUUGUAUAGAUUACUCUGUCAAAUACGUGUAAUUUUAAAUCAAGUAUGAUUUACAAUUAACUUAAUAAGGUUAUAGGUAAAUAAUUUUAUCCAUCGUUGAAUUCAUGAUAUGUUAUAAAGACUUUGUUCAAAAGCUUGUUAAUGUUUUUGACAAACUACAAGCGAUGCAAUAUGUAAAAGAGUUUAUA